GUGGUCGGGGCUCGGUGCUGUGCAAUCCUCAAAGUCAUAACACAGGACUUGAGGCGCUUAAAAGCACCGUGAUAUGGCGUCUGCGACCAUAGCCCCUGCCGCGGCUGCUGCUGCGGACAAGCAUCGUCGCAGCCACAACUGCACCUAUCCACUGCCUUGAGCUACCUCGCAGUCCCCGGGAAUGCCCACGCCAGUGCUGUCUCGUCGCCUGAUGCGACGGCGCAGCUGAUGGUGCAGCCGCGGGGGUGACGCCGGCGGGGGGCAACGCGCGUCCAACGUUAGCGCUGGCGACGACGGCAGCCAUGGCAUGUGGGGGGCCACCGCCGCAGCACCGCCGUUGCGCUCACUGGCGCCACCGCCGCCCGCGGCACUAAUCCCAAGCACCCAGCCCCACGCCAGUGCUGUCUCGUCGCCUGAUGCGACGGCGCAGCUGAUGGUGCAGCCGCGGGGGUGACGCCGGCGGGGGGCAGCACGCGUCCAACGUUAGCGUUGGCGACGACGGCAGCCAUGGCAUGUGGGGGGCCACCGCCGCAGCACCGCCGUUGCGCUCUCCCACGACGCCGCUGCCCGCGGCACUAAUCCCAAACACCCAGCCCCACGCCAGUGCUGUCUCGUCGCCUGAUGCGACGGCGCAGCUGAUGGUGCAGCCGCGGGGGUGACGCCGGCGGGGGGCAGCACGAGUCCAACGUUAGCGUUGGCGACGACGGCAGCCAUGGCAUGCCCACGCCAGUGCUGUCUCGUCGCCUGAUGCGAUGGCGCAGCUGAUGGUGCAGCCGCGGGGGUGACGCCGGGUGGGGGCAGCACGCGUCCAACGUUAGCGCUGGCGACAACGGCAGCCAUGGCCUGUGGGGGGCCACCGCCGCAGCACCGCCGUUGCGCUCUCCCACGACGACGCCACCCGCGGCACCAAUCCCAAACACCCAGCCCCACGCCAGUGCUGUCUCGUCGCCUGAUGCAACGGCGCAGCUGAUGGUGCAGCCGCGGGGGUGACGCCGGCGGGGGGCAGCACGCGUCCAACGCUAGCAAUGGCGACAACGGCAGCCAUGGCAUGCCCACGCCAGUGCUGUCUCGUCGCCUGAUGCGACGGCGCAGCUGAUGGUGCAGCCGCGGGGGUGACGCCGGCGGGGGGCAGCACGCGUCCAACGUUAGCGCUGGCGACAACGGCAGCCAUGGCCUGUGGGGGGCCACCGCCGCAGCACCGCCGUUGCGCUCACUGGCGCCACCGCCGCCCGCGGCACCAAUCACAAACGCCCAGCCCCACGCCAGUGCUGUCUCGUCGCCUGAUGCGAUGGCGCAGCUGAUGGUGCAGCCGCGGGGGUUACGCCGGCGGGGGGCAGCACGCGUCCAACGUUAGCGCUGGCGACAACGGCAGCCAUGGCAUGUGGGGGGCCACCGUCGCAGCACCGCCGUUGCGCUCUCCCACGACGCCGCUGCCCGCGGCACUAAUCCCAAACACCCAGCCCCACGCCAGUGCUGUCUCGUCGCCUGAUGCGACGGCGCAGCUGAUGGUGCAGCCGCGGGGGUGACGCCGGCGGGGGGCAGCACGAGUCCAACGUUAGCGUUGGCGACGACGGCAGCCAUGGCAUUGAACCCCGACUUUGCUGCAAACCCUCCCGCCGGCAAAGUCCGUGUGACUCCGCGCACACUCCUCCACACCAAUUCGCUGGUGCUGUACCAGAACCAGCCCUUCCUGGCCCACUACACACGGUCGCUACAGCCCAAUGUGCACUACGUGCCGUUUUGGAACACGACCUCACGAGGGAUGGGCAUGGAGGACAUCUACGACGUGAUGCAGGCGGUGCGGCACACGGACUCCGUCCGCCCGCAAGACAUCUUACGUAUUGUCCGGGAGGCGCAGACCUUCGCCGUCAAGUACCUAACCGUGUCUUCCCGCGCCCGCUACCUGCGCGACGCGCUCCAGUCCUAAAAGUCGCUGUUUGAGGACAUGGACCCCUUCAUUGAGCAGCUGGUGGCCCGCAUGCGGGAGCGGGGGUUCAGGAUACCGCCUGCAAGAGCACCGGCACAUAGGAGUAGAGCGCGGAGGCGGGCGAGCUGACAGGUCGUCUACUCGUCUGGCCAGUGGAGGUGCGAGAUGGGAAGGUGCAUGAGGGGAAGGGUGCAUGUGUGUGCCGCUGGGGUGUGGCCGCGUGGGUGAGAACUGGGCCUUAAGUACGGUAGAGGAGCAUUGAGUACGCAGACUUGCCGGCAACACCAGCGCCAGCAUUACCAGACUUUCUGCAGGAUGAGGAGCAAGCAGCAGUGGUAAUGCGUGUACUUUGCACGUGCGGCGUGCGGCGCGGCAAUCAUCGCAGCUACCAACACCCUAACUGACACACGGUGGGAGCUGGUAGUUGUACAGGGGGGCGUGUGGGAAGCUGCGGUGGAGUACGGCAGAGCUCGGCGGAGGCUGGUGGUUGGCGCGCUGUGCAAGUGGGAGUGCAUAGUCGUGCGCGCACCGUGUGGGAAGCUGCGUGUGAGCUGCAUGUAAACUUAGCGAGAC